ACUGAUGUCUGCAGUCUGGUGUCUGGUUCUCUGGUGAGUUCUGUAUAAUUGAGUGAGUUGACACCGAAAUUGUAUUGAUAACAAAUCGUACCUUUGUUCCAAGUAUUUUAUCAUCUUAAUUUUAUUUUUAUCAAAUACUAAAUACUAAAUGAAGUACUUAUGAAAUGCGUAAACCAUAUGAGCAUGAACCUCUAUCUGUUUUGGUCAAUAUCAAGAAUGAAUUGAUAGUUUCUCUAUUGAUGCAACUAAUUUUAAAAAAUUUAUAUGAGCAAGAAGUAUAGUUCUUUAACAAGAUCAGAAAUAUAUAAUGAUGGAUAUGACAGAAGAUUUUAAUUUACGCCAAACAUCAAAAUCGAAUCACUUAUUGAUUGACACGUUUGAUUUUUCAAAAGAUAAAAUAUUCUCUUCAACUGCUCUAGAUAAUAAAACUGAAACAGAAAGUUUUAGUUUGCAUUUAUCUGAAUCUUUCAUUGAUGAAACACAAGAUAGUUCAAGUUUGAAGUGGCAAGAUAAGCUUCCAAAAGCAGUUAUUGUUAUAAAUGACUCAGACGAUGAGAGUGUACUUUCAAAUAGUAAACCAAAUAUAUCUGCAAGUGAUGAAAAUUUAGAUUCUCUUAGAAAAAUGAAUGUCACAGAACGUUCAAAAACUAAUACACCUCAAAAAUGUUGGCGUAAUCAUUCUUCUAGAGAAAAAUACCCAACUAAUAUGACAUGUAAGAAAUCUAUCAAAGACGUUGGUAAAAAAAUUAUCAUAGAAGAAAGUGACGAUUCAGAAAUUGAUGAAAGUCAAGUUCCACAAAUCAUAAAAGAUACAGUAUCUGAAAGCGUUACUCUUUCGGAAAGAAAGAAGAAAGAAAUCAUGAGAUGGCUUUCAAUGAAUUUUGAUGGUUCUCAAUGUAGAAGUUCAUGCAGUCAGGAAAGUAUUGUUGCUGAUAGCAGACAUAGUGGUGUAAAUUCAUCUGGAAACAGUAGUUUGGAACGGUUUGAAAUGAAUUUUGAAACUCCAAAUAAUCGUGACAAAUUUUCAAGAUUGAAAAGGCUAGAAGAAGAAUCAAACUCCUCAAAAACACAAAGAAAACAGAGCACCACUGACCGAUAUUUAGAAAGAAACAAUUCUGAAUUAGACUUGAUGAAAAACAGAUUACCUACCAAUAAACAUUUGGAUAAAACACCGUCAAAUGAAUCUAAAAAAGGCAAUUCUGAUAGAACUCCAUUAGCCAAUAAAGUAAGUUCUGUUUUAAAAAAAACCAUUACAUCUGAAUCAUAUUCAUUGACUUUAGAUACACCCACAAGUAAAAGUGGUACUACUACUCCAACAAACAAAAUUCUCAAAACAAAAAAUUGGUUGCCUGACUCAUUUGAUUUAAAUACACCUUCAACUAAGAGCUCAAGUAAAUCUUCCAUUGACAUAGUAAAAUCAAAUUCAAAGAAAGUAACUUUGCAAAAACCAGUAUCAAGUGGCUAUCAAACCAAUGAAUUGUUUAUAUCAGAUAAAAAUUUUACAAAAACACCCUCAUCAGAAAAAACACCUAAAACAAAUAAUUUUAUUUGUCCAUCUUCAUUAAUAAGUGAAGAUAUAGAUUCACGAAACAGUUCAGAUGUCAUUUUAAUAGAUGAUAAGAGUAAACAAUUAGAUAACGACCAUGUGCCGAUCAUAGAUACAACAAUUAACGAUUGUGCAGAUAUUUUAGAAAACCUAUAUGGUUCUACUUGGAGAAAUAAAGCGGUAUCACUAGUAUCAGUUUCAGAACCAAGAAAAAAGACGACCAAACAAAUAACAAAAAAUUCAAUAGUUACAAAAAAAAAAAGUAAUUCUACAAAACUAAAUGAUGAAUAUGUUUCGGAUAAUAAUUUACUGGGCAAAGAGAAUGGUCAAAACAUUUUGAUUCAAAAAGCACAAACUACAAUUAAAAAGUCAAGAAGGCAAAAAAACAUUCAUGAUAGUUUCAUAAAUGAUGAUUCAACAAAUGAAAGUAGUCCAGAUUGUUCUUAUUACACAGCUCUUAGUAACCCAGCACCAUAUAAUGGUAAUAACUUGAAAAUUGGUACUCCCUCAACAAUAAAAAUGAACAACAAAAAAAACAAAAACAAUAUGUUGGCAAUUUGUGAUUCUGAAACAGAUGAUGACAUGUGGAAAAGAAAUGAUAAUAAAAAAAAACUCACUUUUGAUUCAUCAAGCAGCUCUGAUACAAGUGAAUUUGAUCCAGAAGAUAUUGUGUUUCCUAAAAAUAUUGUAAAAGCAAAUAAAAAAGUUAAUUUUCAAACUUGUGAGUCGACUAGUAAACCAUCAACAGAAAAAAAAAUAUCGCAAAAAAGUUUUUUGGCAUCUUUAUCUAAAGAUGUUCCACUCGAAGAAUCUGAUUUAAAAGCAAUGAUUUACAAAGCAAAGUAUCCAUCAAUAAAAGAGGAGUUAUGCAAAAUACUCUAUAAAUUAUUCAAUGAAAAUGUUUUUGAUAAUAAAUUACCAGAGGACAUGUUGAUCGAAUGGAGUGUUAGAUUGAGAGGUACUGCAGGAAAAUGCUACAAUAAACAAUCACUUAAAGCUUUAGGUAAAACAGUUCGUUCCUCAAGAAUUGUUCUUGCUUCAAAGAUUUUAGAUUCUCCUGAUCGUUUACGAGAUACAUUAAUUCAUGAGAUGUGCCAUGCAGCAACUUGGCUCAUAAAUGGCGUAUCAGAUGGACAUGGUAAUUUUUGGAAAGCAUGGGCUACUAAGGCUGUGAAAGCUUUCCCAGAAUUACCACCAAUAUCUCGAUGUCACAACUAUGAAAUUCAAACAAAAUUCACUUACAAAUGCAAAUCCUGUGGUUAUAGUGUUGGAAGGCACUCAAAAUCUUUAGAUCUCAAUAAAAAACGAUGUGGUUACUGCCAUGGAGAAUUUGAACUUCUCAUAAAUAAAGUAACAAAAAAUGGAAAAGUUCAAAAAAGUGCUGCAAAUGCAAAAGAACCUUCUGGCUUUGCACUUUAUGUAAAAGAAAAUUAUCACUUGGUAAAACAAAAAGGAGUUACAAUGAAACAUGCUGAUGUAAUGAAAUUAUUGGGACAACAAUUCUCUGCAGUAAAAUUAACUCCAAAAUCAGAUGACAAAAUACAGAGGGAUAACAUAAAUGUUCCAUUAAAUUAGUAUUAUUCAAGUUGUUUAAACAAGUCUAAGCCUCAUUUUACGUUUAUAUAAAUUGUAAAAACUGUAAAUAUUAAAAACUUACCGUAUUUAUAAUCCGAUUGUACGACUGGUACGAUAAAGGUACAAAACUCGAUUUUGUUUCAUGUAAAAAUUUAAUAGUGUAAAGAAGAUUUUUUAUUACUGAAUAAGAUUGCAUUGAUAAAAAUA